CACGUGAAUUCUAACUUUCAACCAUCUUGACUUUACUACUCGCCCCGUCCUUAUAACAGAGAGUUCAGAUCCGUUAUAUCUUUUAGAUUUAAGAAUAAUUGAGUGAUACCCCAUCAUAAAUCAACAUGGAGUCCCUAGAAACAAUACAAACCCGCCACCGAAAAGAACAACGCGAACUUCAAGCGCGAAUCACGAACAAAAAGAAGAACGCGACCAAGAAGACACGAAAAGGCGUCAACGACGAGUGUGCCGAACUCGAGCGGCAAUUAAAAGAGAAACAUGAACAAGAAAUAGCAGCUUUAAAUGGGAAUGGCGAGAAUACAGAAAAUGCGACCGAGGAGCAAAACCAACCCGAAGAAACCUCACAAGACCAACCUCCCACCGACGCGACGAACGGAAUAUCACAACAAUUGAAAACUGUCACAUUCUCCGAUCCUGAUCCCGAACCUGAACCGAUAACACAACAAUCCGGCCCAAAGAAACGCAAUCGCCAAAAAGAACGCAUGGCGCGCCGAGCCGCAGAACAAGAAGCUGCAGCUGAAGCGGCGGAGCAAGAAGCAGCCAACAUGACCGACCACCGAAAAACCGAGAAGACGUACCUACUUAAAGAAUUCAAAGCGAAUAACCUCGUCGAGAAGGAGAUACAACCAGAUGGGCAUUGCUUGUUCUCAGCUAUAGCGGAUCAGCUACAGACGAGAGGUGUGUCGUUAAUAUCAGGCUUGGGAGCAGGGAAGAGUGAAGAGGAGGUUAAGGGCAAACCACCGUAUAGCAUUGUGAGAAUAGCGGCGACCAAUUAUAUGAGAGCGCAUGAGGAUGACUUUGCGCCGUUUCUGGAAGAGCCGUUUGGGAGUUACGUGGCUAAGAUACGGGAUACGGCGGAGUGGGGUGGACAGUUGGAACUCCUGGCGCUGGCGAGUGCGUAUGGAGUCGAGAUCAAGGUGUUGCAGGAUGGGCGGACGGAAACGAUCGAGCCGAGAGACGAUGCGAAUAAGAAGGAGAAUGGGGAGAGGCACAAGAUAUGGCUUGCGUAUUAUCGCCAUGGGUAUGGACUAGGGGAGCAUUAUAAUUCGUUACGGAAAGCGGAUUAAGUAGUGAA